AUGGGAUCUACAAACAUAUCAUAUCUGAACCCACAAAUAGUGACCCUGGUUGGGAUCCCUGGACUAGAACAUGUGCAGUUUUGGAUCGGAUUUCCCUUCCUUGGAGUGUGCCUGGUGGCUCUGCUGGGGAACAUCUUCUUGUUAAUCAUCAUCCCUACAGAACGCCAUCUUCACCAACCCUUGUACAUCUUCCUAGCAGUUUUGGCAGCCACUGACCUAGGUCUCUGUGUAGCCAUUGCUCCCAAGAUGUUGGCCAUCUUCUGGUUUGGCUCCUGCUCCAUGGCUUUCGAUGCUUGCCUCACUCAGCUCUUCUUCAUCCAUGCCUUGCAGGGCAUGGAAUCUGGUAUCCUGUUGGCCAUGGCCUUUGACCACUACAUUGCCAUCUGUAAUCCUUUGAGGCACACAUCCAUCCUUACACCUCUCUUUCUAGUUCAAAUGGUAUUGAUGGUGGCCAUCCGGGCAAUGGUGCUUGUUGGAAUUUUACCCAUUCUACUUAAACGCUUGCAACUUUUCCAGUCUGUGAUUAUUUUUCAUUCCUACUGUGAACACAUGGCAGUUGUGAAGCUGGCUGCAGAAGAUGUCCAUAAAAGAUCAUAUGGGCUCUUUGUGGCCUUUGCAAUUCUAGGUUUUGAUAUGAUCUUUGUCUUCAUCUCCUACAUUCUGAUUUUUCAGGCUGUUUUUCAUCUUCCCCAGAAGGAGGCAAGACUCAAAGCAUUCAAUACAUGUACUGCCCAUAUUGCUGUCUUCCUGGAGUUUUAUAUCCUUGCCUUUUUUUCCUUCUUCAGCCACCGCUUUGGACAUGUAUCACCCUAUGUUCAUAUCCUCUUGUCUACCAUCUAUCUGCUUGUGCCCCCUGCCCUUAACCCCAUUAUCUAUGGUGUGAAGACCAAGGAGAUCCACAUGAGGGUUGUUCAGAUUUGUAUUCUGAAGCCUGACACUAAGCAGUGA